UUAUACAGUUACUGCACACGUCCUGUUCCAAUCCAGACUUCCAGCUAGAGCGUGAGAACAGGGAAGCGGACGGGUGAUAGCAGUGUCAGAGACCCGGAGAAAGACUGCAGUCAGAGUGUAUAGAACAUACAGCGACUUUCUGGAGGGGCCAGGAAAGGAGGGCUCAGAAAAAGGGAAAGAGGGAGAGAGGCAUAAACAGGAAGUGAGAGGGAGAAAUGGAUAGAGAGAAAGAGGGAUGGAGUGAUAGAGGAAACAGAUAAGGAGACCGAAUAACGGGACUGGACGUAAGAGGACCGACUGCGAGGCUCAGAACGUUACUGACAAAGAUGACCGGAGUAACAGGACGGAGAGAACAAAGGAUGUGACCGUUAACCCCUCCUCUGCUGGAGUGCAUACAGUUAUUCCCUCAUGAGCAGCAUCACUUUCUGCCUGUGAUCUACACAGCCCCGCAAGCCUGCAGAUUACUGCUGCCAUUAUCCCUCUUAAUGACAGAAAGCUGCAGCUGCUGUUCAUUCUUUCUAUUCCUUAACUUCAUUGAGUUGCAUUAUUAACCCCCAGAUUUGUGCAGAGCAUUUAUCAAUUCAACCCUAUCCAGUCAGCAUUCUGCUGUGUGUUAUAGCAUCGACCACAUUCCUUACUAACCACGAUGUGUGUUAUGAUUGGCAGAGAAAUCUAGUUUGUCCCCAGUUACUAUUCCGAUUUCCCCACUGGUCGGGCACCUGACAGUCACAGUUCCUCGAAGUCCGGUAUCAGUGAAAAGGGUACACCAACAUGGCCCUAUUAGCACAACUCUGCUUAUGUUUGUCAGGACUGUACCUGACUCUGGGGCAGGAUGGGGCUGGCUGGGGGCAAAUGAUCCAAUGGGAAGAGAAUGGAAGACGCUACCGACUGCUAAAUUCAGGUUCUGAGUACCAGGCUGCAGGGGAGGGCACAGGAGGAACUCGAGUUCUGUUGGAUGGGAGCCGUGGAGGUGGUGUGGAUCUCCGCCGCCAGGCCCCCACUUUACCUCGCACUGGAUCACAGACAGUGAGAGGAAAUACUCGUCAUCCGUUUGGUUUUGGACAAGUGCCUGACAGCUGGCGAGGUGGAGGCGAAUCAGCAAGCACAGGUCGAUUUGUUCCUUCCGCAGGGGCUGGUGGUGGAGGGAGAAUACGUCAAUCUUCUUCCCAGAAUUCAGUAGGACAGACUUUUUUCCCAAGACCCCAACCUCCCUAUGUACAACAACCCGAAUUCUACCCUCAACCAUAUGAAGAAAGCUAUGGUUAUGCCAGAGGAGGGGGUGGCUAUGCUGCACAACCUCCUUGGGGUGGUGGAUAUGAGGAUUUUUAUGAAGAACCAUCUCCUCCUUUUGCGCAGCCGCCAUAUUUUGCUGCACCUCCUAACUUGCCCCCACAGCAGCCAGCUCCAGCCAACCCUGUUGUGCCACAAGAUGGACUUGACAGACGUUUUGCCCACAGUCUCUUUCGGGGAGCUGACAUUCCUGUAGAAAGUGAUUCGGUGCGCCCAGGUGUAGGAGUUGGGGGGGGUGAAACAGGGUUCCCCCCAUAUGGAGGAGUGAGUCAGGGAGAAGGAGGGUAUUAUGGAGCACAAAGGCCAGAUUUGUUUCAGCCACAAAGCCGUGUGGCAAAUCCCCCAGCCAAUACAGAUGAAUCACAGGGUGGACAACAAGGAAGAGCCACCGUUGGAAGUGUUUUCAGAAGUGGUCAGAAUGGGAGAGGACUUCCUGAUUUGGUGCCUGAUCCAAGUUAUGUCCAAGCUGCAACUUAUGUCCAGCGAGCUCAUCUUUAUUCCCUGCGCUGUGCGGCGGAGGAGAAUUGUCUCUCUAGCUCUGCGUAUGCAGCGGACGCUUCAGAUUAUGAUGUCAGAGUUCUGCUUCGCUUCCCACAGAGAGUGAAAAAUCAGGGAACUGCAGAUUUCUUGCCCACUCGUCCACGCCAAGCAUGGGAGUGGCACAGCUGCCAUCAACACUAUCACAGCAUGGAUGAGUUCAGUCACUAUGAUCUACUGGAUGCCACAACAGGAAGGAAAGUGGCAGAAGGGCAUAAGGCCAGCUUUUGUCUAGAGGAUACCACCUGUGACUUUGGAAACCUCAAGAGAUAUGCUUGCACUUCGCACACCCAGGGUCUAAGUCCUGGCUGUUAUGACACAUACAAUGCGGAUAUAGACUGUCAGUGGAUUGAUAUAACAGAAGUAAAGCCAGGAAACUACAUACUGAAGGUUGUGGUGAAUCCCAAAUACACGGUUUUGGAGUCUGAUUUCACCAAUAAUGUGGUGCGAUGCAAUAUCCACUAUACAGGACGAUAUGUGUCAGCCACAAACUGUCGCAUCACACAGUUCUGAGCAAGUUUCUCAAGGAGAUUAUUACCUAUGAGGAUUUCAUUGAAUCCUACAUCAUAAUGACAAAAUCUGCAUCCCUCUCACCAAUUCUCUAUCCCGAUAAGCACACUAGUAUUCUUAUUAAUACUUUGUAAAAAGCCUCGCUUUUUGUACCAACAAAAUAAAUUCUAUAAUUUUGCUCAGA